GUCGAAAAAGUAGCCAAGACGUCGUCCUUUAAGUUAGCCAACCGCCGCGCCGUCGCGUCGCUCGCCCUCAUCUCCGUGCUCUCCGCUAUCGAGAACCAGCGCAAAAAGCGGACCACGCCCGGCGACGAAGACUUCGCGGCGCAAGAUAUGUCGGGCGAGCUCCAAACGAUCCCUGCGCGGCAUGGAGUCGCGACGUUCGUGCCGAGAGGCAGGACGAUCAAGAUCAUAAACACUUAUGGCAAACAGGUGGUUAGUACAUGGGCGUUUGGCCUGGGUGUGCCGCCGGAGGAAGGAGAUGGCAGCGAAGAAGAGGUUGAUGAGGUUGAGAUCGAGGAGAAGGUAAAGGAAUUGAAGGAGAGUGCUGGUGAGGAGGGGAAAGGGAAGAAUCGGAAGACUGAGGAGUCUGAGAAGCCGAAAGAGGUGGCCGAGAAGGUAGAGAAAGAUGUUGAGAAACCGAAAGAGGAUGCUCAGAAAGGGAGGGACAAUGGAAAGUCUGAGACCGAAGGUGCUGAAGGGAAAGCCCAGGAGAGCAGCUCGAAGGAAAUUGAGUCAACCGAAGCAGACGAUCCACCCGAACAGGCCCCUGACACCCCCAACAACGAAAAGUCCGAACAACAGAAGCAGCCCGAGAAGCGCACCUGGUCCUCAUAUCUACCCUCCAUGCCCUAUCGCUCAAAGAACCAGCCCAACAACUCGAAAGCAGAUGCAAAGAAAGAGAAGGAGCAGAGCGAGGCCACAUCGAAGAAAUGGUCUUCUUACCUGCCCACAGGCAAAGGCUUCUCAAGCUACGUUCCUAAUGUGCAAAUGCCGAACUCGCAAGAAGUAAUGAGUGCUUUCAAAACAAGUCACUACCGGGAUCCAAAUAAGAGCUACGCGGAGCAGCUGUACGAUUUUUCGAAGACGCCGGUAGGCGCGGGAAGUUUGGCGGCGGCGACUGGCUCCGGCACCGCCUCCUCCCUCUACGCAGCGUACAAUGCCUACUCCAAGACGAGUCCCUCGAAGCUCGAUCAACCACCCAUGGAAUACCUUUCCCUUCCUCACACCCGCGCCGCAAUGCAUCGCCUCGUUCCCGAAGUCAACGAUACACUGCUCACGAACCUACGCAAUCCCAUUAUGACGCUCAUCGAGGAUACUACACCUGGCGCGCACGAUACUCUGACCGCGGCUUGCGACGCGUCUCAAUAUGCCGCUUUGGGUGUUGACAAGCCAGAGGAGCACGGCAGCUGCGCAGAGAAUCUUGUUUUGGCCCUUAAGGAAUUGAAUGAGAAGGCGGGACUGAAGGGGACAAAGGCUGUAGGCGCAGACAUAACAGUCAAUAUCGCGCCUACGCCACUUCAUCUGUUCAUGAAUGCGCCGCUGGAGGUCGAUACGAGCGCCCAAAGCGAAGGAUCAGGUGCGAAAGGCGCCAGCUUUAAUGUUGAGGAGCCUAAAGGCAAGAAGAGGAGCUACGUCCGCUUCAAGGCAGAAAGAGACAUCGUCGUCGUAUUGAGUGCUUGCCCAAUGGACGUUGGAUCACAAAACGGCGGACGGUGUAUGGCAGCCAACUUCGAGGUUGAGGAAGCACAGGAGGAUCUCGCGAACUCAACAUCCUCGAUCAAAAAGAAGACUGCUCCAAAGAAGCUUGACGCCGGUGCAAAUAAGGAAGAUACAAGCAAGGAUGGACCAAAGCCUAUGCCUAAACCAAGGGGUGGACCACAAAAGGCGGCAGCCGUGAAGAAGUCUGCUGAGAGGAGAGACAGUGCAGGAGAUGACCCACCGGAAUCAGAGUUGCCGGAGAAGAAGGACGAGCCCAAGGACGACGCAAAAGCGAACGAACAGCCCAAGCCCAAGAAGAAGCCCAAGAAGCUCGAGCGUCGGGGCGGUACCCCAACGCCCUCGAAGAGCGAGUCUUCGUAGAAUCGAAAUCACCUACGUGUCCUCCUUCUCCUAUCUCUACACCAAAUACGACCAAACCCCCAACCACAUCGCCAACGGGCCAAACGUUCCCAUCACCCUUGAAAAGCACACCUUCCAUAAUUGCCAUACGAGCGUCGGCUAGUGGGGAAACCCAUCGGCUUGCCCGUAAUCAAUAUAUACCCCGGUCCCUGUUCCGAGUAACCUUCAUUUUCGCCAACCCGCUUCGCGAACCCGCAUUUGCAUACAUAUGCGAUGCGGGUUUUGUUCCCGGUUAAAGAAUUUUCGAGAAUGCUAUUUUUA